AUGAGCAAAAGAAAAACAAUCCCAAAUCUGCCGUCGAAUAUAAAUUUCCUGAAUCUCAAGUCUAACCGGAUCAUUCUAUUAUAUAAUAGUAAUUUUAACAAUCUUAAUGACCUGCUAGAGCUGGAUUUAUCGUGGAAUAAACUGGAGCGAAUGGAGUUUGGAUCAUUUACAGGACUCAUCAAUCUACAGAAAUUGAUAUUAGAACACAACAACUUAUCACUUCAAUGGAAAUCAUUUCCCCAUGGUAUUUUUGCCCCUUUGAAAUCCUUAACGCAUUUGAAUGCUAAAUAUAACGACUGGGACGGAUUUUUGGCCUGCAAAAAUGUCGUCACAAAACUUACACAAUUAGAAAUUAUUGAAAUAGAUAUUGAUGAGUCACCAGCUUGCCCAGAUAUAGAUUAUGGAUUUUCCAAAUUAACUAAUCUUAAAUCGUUUGUAUCAGGCUAUUGUAAUUUCACUCUUUUCGGUCCAAUAACAUUUGAGAACAUGAAAUGUCUUCAAUUCGUUGAUAUUUCUAGGUGCUCGAUAUCAGUUGUACUAGACGACAGUUUUCAAGGCCAGAAACAGUUAAAACAUCCAAAGCUUAAAACGAUAAUCCUUAGUCACAAUAUAUUAUCGGACAUCUCAUUUGAUAUGUCCACACUCCCGACAUUAGAAAUGUUAAACCUCUCACACAACAACAUACAAGCGUUCUCCGAAGAGUCAAUGGAGAGCAUUUACUCAAGAGGAGGUCAAAACAUCCUAUUUCUCGUGUUCCUUGAACAGAUUCGUCCAAGUGAACUUCCUCUGGUGAUGUUAGAACUAGUUCAGAAGCAAUCUUACAUUGAAUAUCCUAACGACGAACAAGGCAAUGUUGUAUUUUGGGACAAAAUCAAGGAGACUUUGAUAACAUAA